AUGAUAGGUGGUGAAGCCCCGAUGGCCUUGGCCAUUAUGUGGUCUUUGGUGGCCAUCGCCUGGGUUUUCGUGAUUUUUCGACUAUACACAAGAAUCUUCAUCAUUCAGUCUGUUGGUCCGGAUGACCAUACAUACUGGUUGAGUGGGGUAUUAAUCCUACUAUAUACCGUCUUUGUACACAUAGCGAGCCUGCAUGGCUUUGGACGCCCCAUGCCGAGCAUCGACGCCACCCCUUCCGAAUUCGACGAGGCCGCGCUUGCGAUCAAAACCGAGAUGAUUGGGCAAACCUUCGCAGUAGUCGGAAUGGCAGUUGCAAAACUUUCUCUUGGUUUUUUCCUGCUCCGUAUUGUGGUGGAUAAAUGGCAAAGGAUAUUGAUUUGGUUCACGAUGGUUUCGCUAUCUGCGAUGUCAACGCUAUGCGCUGUCCUGUUCUGGACACAGUGCACGCCAGUACAAAAGAUCUUCGACCCGAUACGCACCGAAGGAGUCUGCAACUUUAACAUAACGCCUUUUGCAACUACACUUGGCGUUUGGUGCGUCCUCGCAGAUUUCUUCUUUGCCAUCUUCCCAUGGGUUUUCAUCUGGAAGUUGAACAUGAAGCAGAAGGAGAAGAUCAUGAUCGCGGGCAGUAUGAGCUUUGGCUUUGUUGCUGGUGCUUGUGGAAUUGUUCGAACAUACGAGGUCGCGAACGGCUUUACUGCGAACUAUACACUGGAUACUGUACCCUUGAUUAUCUGGUCCGCUGCCGAGAUGGCUGUCACUUUAAUUUGCAUCGGCAUUCCCGUCUUACGCCCGUUCUGGCGUCGCGUCGUUCACAACUCAAACCUCUCAUCCGAACGCUAUUACCGAAAGCAAGAAGAAGUCAACAAUGACCAAGCCUACGAUAUGGACAAUAUGCCUCAAAGCAAUAGCAAUCGGCGCGGCUUCAACAUAUCACAUGCCAAAUUGGGGAUCCGAGGGCCAGGUACUAUAACACGAAUUGCUGGCGAUAACGAAAGCGACGAGUCAAUAUUGGGUCUUGUCCAUGUCCUGCACCAAGAUGUAUACAUGUUAAGCAAGAUGUUCAUGUAG